GGCGUGGCCAUGAGGCGGGCGGCGGCGGCGGCGCGGGGGUCUCUCCUCGUGCUCUGCGUCCAGCCCCCGCUGCCGCCGCGACCGCCACAGCUGCCGCCGCGGUCGUCCGUCACGGCCCCGCAGUGCGCCCUGCACGGCUCCUGCUCGUGUCCCUGGAGCAUGGGAGGCUGCUGAGCUUGAGUGGCAGUGUCUGGCAGGAGCUGAGUGUCUCACCCUGUGGCAGGGAGGGCGUCCAUGGCUGCAGCCAACAAGGGCAACAAGCCUAGAGUCCGGAGUAUCCGCUUUGCAGCAGGUCAUGAUGCAGAAGGCUCCCAGAGCCACGUCCACUUUGAUGAGAAGCUGCAUGACUCAGUGGUCAUGGUCACCCAGGAGAGCGACAGCAGCUUUCUAGUCAAGGUUGGCUUCCUGAAGAUCCUGCACAGGUAUGAGAUUACCUUCACUCUGCCGCCAGUGCACAGGCUGAGCAAGGACAUCCGAGAGGCACCUGUCCCCAGCCUGCACCUCAAGCUCCUCAGCGUCAUGCCCAUCCCAGAAGGUUACAGCAUCAAGUGUGAAUACUCGGCACACAAGGAGGGUGUCCUCAAGGAGGAGAUGCUGCUAGCCUGUGAAGGUGGCACCGGGACCUGUGUGCGCGUCAUGGUGCAGGCCCGCGUCAUGGACCGGCACCACGGCACACCCAUGCUGCUGGAUGGUGUCAAGUGCGUGGGUGCUGAGCUAGAAUACGACUCUGAGCACAGUGACUGGCAUGGCUUCGACUGAGGCCAUCUCCUGCCAGCCUCCAGGCCCCUCAGCCUUAAACCCCACCUCAUCUCCGGAAUGCUGCGUGAUGGUGUGGCUUCCAGGCUCCUCGCCGGGUGGGUAUGGGGGUGGAGCAUCCAGGGGCCUCCCAGGGCCUCGCCCAUGCCUCUCACCUCUGCCUUCAUUUGUGCCACCUCCCUGCCUCUCCUGCAUCCUCCUCUCCCACUUACUCCUCUCCUUGUGCCUCAGUCUCCUGCAGAAGAAAUGGGUUGAGUCCCCAAGGAGGCUAUCUGAGGAGGGGUGGGGGAGGGCCUGGGGUGGGUUCUCCCCACCUCCCACCCCAAGCCAUAGGGACUCCAGCCAGGGCCUGGGAGAGGAGGGAGGGAGCUAGCUUUGUGACAGCGUCGCCCCAUUACUACUGCUGCUGCCCCGCUUCAGCCACCUCUCCUGUCCCCUCCUUCUCUCCUACUGCUGUCCAUGGGGAGAAGGAGGGAGGUGCAGUGCCCAACCCCUACUCCCCAGGUCUGUGUUACUUGGUUUUUAAACAACUGGUUGGGAUAAAAUCCUAAAGAAAUAAAACUUUCAGUGGAUACCAGA